CUGGCAAUUCUCAAUUAAUACCAGAUUUAUUUGUUUUGUUUUGGAACAUUUUUAAUACCUUUAGAAAUUAACAUGCUUGCUGUAAAAUAUGUAUCUAAGGAUUUAAGAGGAUUAUCUUCUCUUAUACAUUUCAGCAGAAAUGUUAAUUUUCGUUCAAGAAAUCCUCCCGACCCUCAUUUCGAUCGCAAGCGAAUGAUCGAAGUUUGCAAACCUAUAGUGCUCCCUGAUCGUACUCCUGAUAAUGAAACUUGUUCUAAACUUAAGCUUGUAGAAAAAGAAGUACCUCAUCCAUAUGAAGUAAUUUUAUCGUCCGAGUUGAAGAAAUACUGGGAAACUUCUCGAAUGAUUUUGUUUUAUCAUUUACCUCCAUUAUCAAAUCGUACACAAAGAGGAGUACGAAACACAUUUUUCAAACAAGUUCAGUUUCAUGCGUACAGUGCAAACGUUAUGAAACUCGCAAUUUCGGAAACUCCAUUCAAAUCUGCUCUUCAUUUGUAUGAAUCAAACACAGCUGUUGUUUUUUCCGAAACUUUAGCAAUUAGUAAAUUAUUGAAAAUAAAUCGUAAGAUUCAGCAACAAGGGGUUGCAUUUCUAGGAGGCAUAAUAGAUAAUGUAUUUUACAGUAAAAAUCAAGUACAGGAAAUUGGUGAUUUGUUUAAAAAGGACUGUCAUUCAGAAUUGGCGCAACUCUUGGAUUAUGUGCCAUCAAAAAUCAAAAGCACUUUGAAUUAUCAAACACAGACACUCUCACAUUAUUUGUCACAAAUUUCAAAUGAAAAAUAGUUUUUGUUGAGAAAUAAAUUUUUAUUAAGCAUUAAGUAAAAUCAUUAUGUGCGUUCAGGGGAUAUUUCCGUAUCUUGAUCUGUCACGCCAACAAUUGCAAAGGUGUCAGAUUUCAAACUUGCAAAUUUUAAAAAAAAGAACUGCAUGUAGAUGUUUGCCUGGGGGUGGCUGCGAGUUAUACCCUUCUAGUUUGUUUGUUUCUUUUUUUAGUUUCUUGCGGGCUGCGGCCUAGAAGUUGCCAAGACUUGGCGAUUAUUCUGCCACAGAUCACGAUACAGAAAUCUUCUUGUGCUCUUUAUUUAUUUUAGCUAUGAAAAUUCCAAAUGUUAUGAGCUUGUGGAUCAUUAGUUCAGUUUUGAACAACAUAAAACCUUCUAAUGCACUGCAGGGGGUGAUAGUUUUCUAUCUUUUUUUAAACCCUUAUGAAUGAAUGAGAGAUUAAACUAUAAAGAUUAAAAGGAAAUAAAAGAAGUUGUCAAGCCUU